CAAUCCCAGUCAAGGGCCGGUUGCAGCUGGAGGAUUUGCCAGGCCUUUUGCAAAGCCGUAUGCUAAACCCAGCCAGAGAUACCAGGACGCUGGAUGGGUGUCAUCUUCAAGUUCAAGCUUGGGACACCAGCCUUUUUUAGGCGGAAGGCAGGGGCAGUUUGCCGCCCCGUUCCAGCAAGCACCAACCAGGGGUCACCGCCCCAUGAAACCCAAGCGGGGCAAGCCAGCCUCAACCUACCCAAAUCCAGAGAGACGGUAGAAGACAUGCCAGAAGGGCAAGCAAGACAACACAUAUCACAAAUUGUCAGGAAAGACCUCCAAGACAAGGGCCUUUCGAGAUCGACUGCAGACAUUAUCAUUGCUGCCUGGAGGCCCUCAACAACUAAGCAGUAUGCUACCUACAUUAACCAGUGGUUGGACUUUUGUCGCACACGAAAAAUUGAUUCAGUGCAAACAUCUGUGAUAGCUGUGCUAGAAUUCUUGAGUUCAUUAUAUGAGAGAGUAGGAUACAGUGCGGUUAAUACAGCUAGAUCAGCACUGGCAGCUACAGUGACUGUCAGAUGGUAUCAGUCUUAG